GUGCUAGACUCCUCGCCCUGUCGCCCGAUCCCGACAGAACUCACUGGGGCUUGGUAUCCUCUCGUCCCGCAGUUGCCUCCACCCGAGAGAUCUCCGGCGGCCGGACUCCCUACGCUCCUCCGGCCGGUGGAUCGGAUCCAACCGCCCCCAAACCCCCCACCCCGAGCUUCCCUUUCUCCUCCACGCCCAACGCCCGAGGUCACCGACACCGCCGCCCCGUUCCUCUUAGACUCUGACGCCGCCCGCCGCCCUGCUCCGCCGUUCCUCGUCAACUCCUCUCCCGCCUCCGCGUUCGCCACCACGCACCGAGGCCCAAGUGGAGCAAAUCAACCAGUUGAGAUGGCGACAUUGAGGCCGCUGACUGUGGAGGAUGUGCUGCGUGUGAACGGCAGCCGCCGCUUUGCCGCCGCACUGGCCGCUACCUCCCCCUUCGAUUCUCUCACCAACGCACUUAUUGCCGCCCGCUGCAUCUGGCUCAACGAGGUGGACGUGACUGGAUGGCUGGAGGCCUUCGCCGCCCACCCGCCCAUCGGAACGACCUCCUCCUCCGUCUCCAAGUGGAGCAAGGAAGAGCAAUCAGCUGCGCUUUCCACAGCCACUGAUUCGACCGCUCAGGAGUUGUCCGAGUGGAAUGCCAAAUACAGGGAGAAGUUUGGGUUUGUGUUCAUGAUAUGCGCGUCUGGGAGGACUGCCCCUGAGGUUUUAGCUGAGCUUAAGAGGCGUUAUGCAAAUAGGCCAAUUGUUGAGCUUGAGGCUGCGGCAGAGGAAGAACUGAAGAUAACUGAGCUGCGUCUUGCAAAGCUUUUCUCGGCAGAAACUGCUGCUCCCCCUACUUCAGGUGAAAAUCAUAUUAGCCAACCGGAUAAAGCAGCAGAUCGGAUGCGGAUUAUUGGUGCACACCUUGGAGCUCUUUCCCAGCAUUCUGCCAAUAAAGCUCCUGAAAUUACAGGUAGCUCCAACCGGACACGCCCUCCUAUCACAACCCAUGUGCUGGACACGGCUCUUGGAUCGCCAGCAGCUGGAAUUGAAGUUCACCUGGAGAUGUGGAAGGACGCUACAAGUCCCCCGUCAUUUGACAACAAAGAAUUCAAGGGAUGGACAACCCUAGGCACUUCGAUAACAAACAAUGAUGGACGCAGCGGUCAGCUGAUGGACAACGUUGACAAUGUCGCUCCUGGUUUCUACCGCAUAAGUUUCAAUACCUCCAAGUAUGCACCGUCAGGGUUCUUCCCUUACGUGAGCAUCAUAUUUGAGAUAAAAAGAAGCCAGACGACCGAGCAUUUCCAUGUCCCUCUCUUGCAUUCUCCUUUUUCUUUUACCACUUACCGUGGCAGCUAAGCUGUCAAUUUGUGUGUAAACCACAUUGAGUGAUGGUGGUGUUCUGGAACAAGCAUAAAUGGUCGUAAAUCAUGGUGUUUAGUUGGCACUGACAUUGUUAUACUUGAAUAAUGUUGUUCCGUGUAAUGGGAAGCUUGAGUAUGCAGUUGGCAUUGGAGCAGUUUGUUUAAA